AUGAAUUGGACGUUGGAUUACUUGACGGAGAAGAUCCCGUUCGAGUGGGUGGACUACUAUCCGAACAACAUGAAUGAUGUCAGCAGCAAGCCCUAUUUGUUCAAGUUUGUCCAAGCUGUGCGGGAGUUCCAGAACCCGAAGGAGCUCAAAACUGGGAAACCAAAGUAUAUGCAAAUCCGGCUUGGACUGAGAGGUUGGAAGCGGCUGAAGAAAGAUUUCGUUCCGAAGCCGCUGCCAGAUGUGUUUUGGGAUGAUGAUGGGUGGAUCGAGUCGUGCAUGCGCAAGGACAGCAAGGUCGACCAGCCUGCAAUCAACAAUUUCUUUGUUACCAACCAGUGGAAAUUCUUGCUCAUUGGUGAGGAAGGCACGACAAUGUUCUUUCACAAAGAUGGCACAGCAGCCUCCAGUUGGCAAGUCCAGCUUGUUGGGAAGAAGAGGUGGACCUUGUGCCCAAACUCUGAGUCACACCUCCUCCACACAGAGCUUGACACGUACAAGCCUGACUAUGCAAAGUUUCCGCGGUUUGCGAAGGCCCGUUGCGGGCAGGUCACCGUGUCUCCAGGGGAGCUUCUGUACUAUCCAGCGUAUUGGUGGCAUCACACACUUCAGUUGGAGAGCCCCAGCAUUUCGUACACUGGGGCACUGGUUGGUGUUGAAGCUGACCGACCCGAUCUUGGGGCUGACAGGAAACCACAUAUGAGAUUCUACGCGGAUCUGCAGGAAAAAUGUUCCAGAUGUUGGAAGAAAGGCGUUGAGCAAAGGCAGUGUGAUGACAUAUCGCUCAAGUGGGCCGGGGCAGCCCCCCCACCACUUCGAGCCGUUUGCGAUGAGUACCUUCCAAAGUGUUUAGAUCUUUGGUCUUCGCAUGCGAAAGAGUUGCAUGGCCGUCAGGCAGAUGAGCUCUGA